ACAUCAAUCUUACAUUGAAAUCACUAUAUGUUUGUAUUAUCCACGAGGAAUAGUUGAAUUCUCAAGCAGAUGGGAAGCAAUUCAAUUCUUUACAAUAUAAUGGAGGAGAGCAUAUCAGAUUCAGUUACUACAGAGAGUCUUUGGAAUGAAGAGUAUGUUACUCAUGAGAUUUCUCCUGCAAUGGAGGAGAUGUACACUUGCAGUAGUCAAGCCAUGGGGAACCCACAGUUAUCAAGCUUCUCUCUGCAACUUCAACAACAGUUACUUGAUAACAUGCUUGCUGUCCAGGAUACAUUCAGAGUAAGCAGUGCAUUCACAAGGUACAAGAAGGAGUCUGCUAAUGGAUUCCAACUGAGCCAGAAAUCUUCAAUGAAACAGAAAUCAAUCAAGGGAUGCAUCAAUUUUUUGAGGAGAAUACAAGCAAAUGAGAUAGAGAAGUCAAACUGUGAAGUCCAUGUGGAGGAGUCAUAUGCAUCCACACAUAGGAUGGCUGAGCGCAACAGGAGAAUCAAACUCACUCAGCAAUUCUAUGCUUUACGGUCUCUUCUUCCUCACAAUCCCAAGAAAUGUGAUAAACAUUCCAUCUUGUCAAAUGCUAUAGUUCAGCUGAAUGAGCAGAAGCUUCGAAUCGCAGAGCUUGAGCAACACAACAAAACCCUAAUGAAGGAAGUUAACCGACAUAUAUGUGAAGGAUACGGUAGUUUAUCAGAUGGUAGCGUAGAAGAUUUAGGAAAGCAUCCAUUAAUGUCUUCCAUUUGUGAAGAAGCUGUUGUGGUGAUUGAGGAUAGUGAAAUUUCAGAUGAAGCAACAUUGCAUGUAACUCUGAAAAAUGUAGUUUCCAAUUCUAUGUAUAUGUACGCCAUUGUUACCCUGGUGAAGUGCCUCAAAGAAAUGAGAUUGGGAGUUGCGAGAAUCCAAUGCCAGGAGUUAGACUCAAGAAACCCAGUAAUCGAAGUGGCAAUCCAGGGGCAAACAACGGUAUUGGCUUGUACAUAAACUGUUCUCCUGUAAGUACUAAAAUAGGGCUUAAAAUUUGACACUGAAAUUGAACUAUUUGUUGUAUGAUGACAAAGGGAGAAGGAUGGGAGCUAUUCCAAAGGAGAUAUUUGGAAGAAAUGGUGAAAGGUGCUCUCAAUGCAGCCUAAGCAGACAAUCUUAAAGGAGUUUUGUUAUAUAAUCAUGAACCUUUAGUUACAUUUGGGUAUAGUUUAAUUUCCUCCAUUGUAAAUAUUAUAGUUAUUUAUUACUUUUUUUGAUUGAAUAUUUUGUUUUCUGAUAACAAAGAUAAAGAGUG